UGUGUAAAUCUACCUUGCAUUGUUUGAUUAGAAUUCGAGCACUACAGCAUUGUUCUAUAAUUUAGUUUUGAAGAAUAGAAACUUAUCCUCUCCUUGAAUAAUGUCACCGCAACCUUUUGAACAUCUGAAGGAGCCCAUCAAAUACCUGACUGAUCCCAAAUUGGUCGCACUUAAAAAUAAACGAAGAGAAGAACUACGAGAGGAAUUUUUCAGGAAGAAAUUGAGUCCAUAUUCUGUUCAUCAGGAAGGGUCAAUCUUUGACCCUGCAAUUCAAAGAUACUUAUCAACACUUGCGCAUAUGGAAGAUUACUAUAAAGCAACACCGAAGACCGUGACUUAUGGCCUAGGCGUCCUAUUCGUCCCUAUGGGCAUUAUAGCUUACUUCUUUAAAAGAGAUAAGGAUCGUCAGGAACUUGAACUAAGAACUGGUCAAAUAGCUUAUAGAGACAGGCAUGACAAAUUUGCUUAACUUUCCUGACUGCAAAGGAGAUACAUUAAGUGUAAUUUAAAUUUUGGUAAGUUUUUGUGCAGAAACAAACUUGUAUCUGUUUGCGACAACGCAGUUGUGAAAUGUACUGGUUAAAUUAGUGCUAAGUCUUACUUGUUAUCUCUUAUUGCCUAAAGUUUCAUGAAAGUAAGCGAGAGGGUUGAAGUUACUCUUAAAUCUUCAUUUUUGCUGAAGUACUUCAGCUAAUGUUUCUUGGCCGAAAAACUACCCUAUGAACUUAAGAGCGGAUCCUCCAUCUGCUAUUUUGAGGAAUUUCAAGAUUAUGAUGUAAAUGGUAGGUAAUUAUAUUGUUAAAUUUAA